AUGUCUACCUGCACGUUUCUCGCAGUGCUCUUGUGUGCUCUGGUGUGCGCAGAGGCCUAUAGACCCAGACGUCCGUUGCCCAACAGGCGCCCUACACCAAGGUUCCAACCUCCAGCGAGAUUCCAGCCUCCACAAUUCCCACAACAGCAGUACAACUUUCCCCAUUACAACCAUCACCAGAGCGUCAGUGAAUUACCAGCAGUCAAUUCAACCGUAGAGGCUUCUACAGUCUCGCCAUCUGAAAGUGAAAGCGUCACUACAGAGCAGCCCACUGAAAUUGCUAGCCCUGUUACAGAGCAGCCCACUGAAAUUGCUAGCCCUGUUACAGAGCAGCCCACUGAAGUUCCUACAGCAGCAAAGUAA